CAGUUUUCUGUGAGUGCUUUUCACUGGGAGCCCAGCAUACGUUCUGUUUUAGUUUUUUAUGGAUUGAGAUGGAAUAAUGCAAACUUCCGAUCAGAAAAAAAAAAUGGAAACAUGGACAGCACCGACAUCUGUUGAUCAUGAACAACAAUUUCAACAUGGUUGGUAUGUAUUCUAGCUAUCUCUCAGGCCCGUCUCCUAUCCUGAUCGGCAGUCUCUGUCUCUAUCUUCAAUCCUUCAACCAGAAACGAGCGACAAAUAAAUCAUCAAAGGGUUAUGUACGUCUCUGUUGCUUGCUUAAUUAGCCAUGUCACAGUUGAUUCUGGUUUUCUUUCUGCUCCUCCAUCUGAGCCAUGCAUCUUCAGAUGUCCCUGAUGAUUUCAUCUUCUAUGGAUACAAUAAAAGUUCCAUGGAGCUUGGUGAUGAAGCAAAGGUCGGACCCAAUGGCCUUAUCCAGCUUACAGGUGGUGAAGAUGGACGUCUGCAACAGUUUGGUCAUGUCUUCUACUCCCAUCCUCUGCAAUUCAAGAACAGCUCAACUGGUAGUGUUCUCUCCUUCUCCACUUCUUUUGUCUUUGCAAUAAUCUCGCAGAAUCAGAACUCAAGGGGCCAUGGGAUUGCCUUCGUCAUCUCACCCACUAAGGAUCUCUUUAGAGCCCUACCCAGUGAUUAUCUUGGGUUAUUCGACAGGUCCAGCGAUGGAGAUCCUUCCAAUCAUAUUGUUGCGAUUGAAAUGGACACUGUGAAGAGCCAAGAGUUCAGCGAUAUCGAUGACAACCACGUUGGGAUCGAUAUUAAUGGCUUAAAAUCUGUCAGUUCCACUACAGCAGGUUACUACACAGGCAGAAAAUCCACUCUGUUCAGGAAUCUAGACCUCGCAAAAGGAGACCCAAUUCAAGUAUGGGUGGAUUACAGCGGAUUGAGAAAACAACUGAAUGUCACAUUAGCCCCACUGCGCACACCAAAACCUCUUCGCCCUCUCUUGUCCUUGACACGAGAUCUUUCUCAUCUCAUCUUGCAGAGUAUGUAUGUGGGUUUCUCAUCAUCAACGGGCUCUAGCGAAUCAACUCACGACAUAAUAGCUUGGAGCUUUAAGAUGAAUGGGGAAGUUCAACCUUUUGAAAUCAAAAAGCUUCCCAAGAUCAGGACAGAUGGACAUGGAAAGAGAGAUCAAAGAAGGCAGACGUCAGAGGCUCUUGUGGUUUUGUUGUCUGUAGCUGCAACUAUCUUUGCGUUAGCAAUCAUCUUGGCCAUAGUUUUGAUUCUGCGAAGGAAUAUACAGUUCAGGGAAGUAGUAGAAGAUUGGGAAAUCCAGUAUGGACCUCACAGAUUCAAAUACAGGGAUCUGUUUGUUGCCACCAAGGGAUUCAAAGACAGGGAGCUUCUAGGGAGAGGAGGUUUCGGACAGGUCUAUCGAGGGGUGUUACCCAAAACAAAGAUCCCAGUAGCAGUGAAGAGAAUUUCUCACGAUUCCAGACAAGGACUGAGAGAGUUCGUCGCAGAGAUCGCCACCAUCGGCAGGCUGAGGCACCCAAAUUUAGUUCGAUUACUUGGGUAUUGCAGGCGGAAGGGAGAGCUCCUACUGGUUUACGAUUUCAUGCCCAACGGCAGCCUCAACAAGUUCCUUUUCGAUCAACCCGAAUUGACACUUGACUGGGCACAGAGGUUUAAGAUCAUCAAGGAUGUAGCUUCUUCUCUGUUUUAUCUGCACCAUGAGUGGGUACAGGUGGUGGUUCACAGAGAUAUUAAGGCGAGCAAUGUCUUACUAGACAGUGAAAUGAACGGAAGAUUGGGAGACUUCGGCCUUGCCAAAUGGUACGACCAUGGAGCUACCCUUCAGACUUCCUACCUAGCGGGAACUCCUGGUUAUAUUGCACCAGAGCUUGCUAGAACUGGGAAAGCCAGCACAAGCUCCGACUUGUUUGCAUUUGGGACGUUUCUGCUCGAGGUGGUCUGUGGCAGAAGACCGGUGGAGCCAGGGGCAGAGCCAGGGGAGGUACUCCUGGUGGACUGGGUGGCGGAUUGUUGGGAUAGAGGAGCCCUUCUGGAGACUGUGGACCCUAAACUAGGGAUGGAUUAUGUGGCGGAAGAAGCCGAGUUGGUGUUGAAGCUGGCUCUGCUUUGCUCACACCCGGUGGCCGGAGCUCGGCCGAGCAUGCUGUGUGUGGUGCAACUUUUGGAAGGUGACGCUUCCUUGGUGGAGGAGUUAAAUGCCAAUGUUCUGGGUAUGGCAGAGCAGCAAAUGGCAGGUAGCCAUGAGAAGGUUUCUUUGUCUGCCUCUUAUUUGUCCCAGAAAGAUUCAGUGUCCUCUCUAACAAUGACAGAGGAAUUAAUUGCUGAUGGACGUUGAGUGAUACUUGGGUGUGGCUGAUUAGUGGAAUUGAGUGGUUAAUUCAGAGUAUUGAUGAAUUGUAAUUAAGUGUGAAUGGUAGUAUAGACAGUGAUUGGAACUUGGAAGGUAGAUGGUGAUUACACUUCUUGGAACUUGUUCUGAGGGAAUUUCUACAACAAUUAACAAAGAAUAAAAUCAGCAGAGCAGAUGUGGAUUCAUUUGCUCUUGCAAGAUUUGAUGGGAAUCUCUUAAUCAAUGGGAAGAUUUUGAGGGAUCUAGACCCAACUUGGAUAGCCAAAAUGUAGAGGAUUUGUCUCAAACUUGUUCCUCAUUUUGUUCGAGGAAUAGAGCUUUCCAUGCCACUUUUUCCCCAA